GAAUUGUCUUCCUAUCGAUAUACAACUGUUCUUUUAGCCGGCGUUGCUGUCAGCAGUUUUGCACCUUUGAGGAUUUUCCCUGGCCGCUACAGACUGUCUUACUAAUUAUUCAUAAAUAAACAAAAAUGUCAAAACAAUAUGGCCUUAUUUUACCCGGCCAACAGAAGAAAGUACCUCUAAAACGAGCCGAAAGGCCCUCGAUUUUCGACGAGAACAGCGAGUCCGAGAGCGAUGAUGACCAACAUGCUCCGCAAUUGCAGCCAAGAGCCGGCGGCGUAUCCAUGGGUCCCAGUCUAAUGGAGCGCCGCGUGGCCCGCCGGCAGCAGGAGAAGGCCCUGGCCGAGGAUCCAACCAUAUUCCAGUACGACGAGCUGUACGACGACAUGGACAGCAAACGCGAGGAGGCCAAGCAGACGAAGAGCCAGGAGCCGCGGAAACCCAAGUACAUUGGCCGGCUGAUGGAGCAUGCCGAGCGCAGGAAGCUGGAGAAGGAGCUGCGCAUCGAACGGCAGGUGCAGAAGGAUCGCGAAGCCGAGGGCGAGAUGUACAAGGACAAGGACACCUACGUGACUGCCACCUACCGCAAGAAGCUCGAGUCCAUACGCCAAAUGCAGGAGCAGGAGCAGCGGGAUGAGUACCUCGAGGCCAUUGGCGAUGUGACCAAGCAGAAGGAUCUGGACGGCUUCUAUCGCCAUCUAUACGAACAGAAGAUGGGCGGUCCCGCCCAGAAGGAUGUCGUCAAGCCCAAGACGGCGCCCACCACCGACGAGGUGGCGUACAAGCCCAUUAAGGCAGAGGCUGUCAAGCAUCGAAGCUAUCGGCGACGUCGCCCCUCCGAGGACGAGGAGGAGCAGACCAAGAGCAAGUCAGACGUAGGCUCGGAGGCCACGAAGUCAACGGAUCAAACGGAAGGCAUACCAGCACAGGCACACUUGACCAACAACAUUGAUGCCGAUUCCGAUUUUAGCAUAGACGACUCCAGCGAUGAAGAAGACGAGAAGGAGAAUGAGAAGGAAAAGAAUAAGCUGUCCCAGGUCAAAAAGGAGGAUAAGGACAAGGCUCCGGAAAGUUCGGAGCCCGCUAAACCCAAAGAACCCGAGGCAUCGCAACAAUCCCCCAGCAAAAAGGAAGAUUCCAAUGCCAAAGUGGACGAGAAGGAUCUACCCGUGCCGAAAGUCACCAAACCGCCUGUGGACCGCACACUCUUCUGGCGCAAGAGGACCGUGGGCGAGGUCCUAGCGGCAGCCUUGGCUCGCUACGAGGAACGCAAGCGAGCGCGCCUGGAGUAAAAUGCAUCCAAUUAAAGUUCGAGUUGAGGGAAAAACAAA